AUGGAUGUCGCCUUACGAAAUGCGGCGCCAUUGAGGCCCGAGAUCGCGCUCGCAAAGGCCAUCUCGGAAUUCGAGAGCAGCCUCACUAAGGAGCACAAGUCCAGCUUUCGCAGCCUCCGAACCCAAGCGCUGAGCGCACCGCCUUCAGCCGAGGAUGUGAUGAGAUUCACGGCCAGCCUCAACAGCCAGAUACAGAAAUCUUCCGCGACCCAUCGCUGCUUUGGCACACGCUUCACCAAUAUCAUGCAAUGCGUCCAGAAGUACGCUGCUCUGGGUGAUGUGGUCGUCGGGGGGUCCCAGAACAUCAUUGCAUGCGGAGUUUGGGCCCUGGUCUGCAUUGGCUUCGGCUCGUACUUGGACAAGGUCUCACACUUCUUCAUGACCGUCGGCCAAUCAGCACCGCGAUAUGAAUCUAUGGCAUUGCUCUACCGUCGGUCAAAGCUGCUGAGCCAGUACAUGUCGAGUUAUUUUCUGGUGAUCGUGCAAACCUGCCAUGAGUUCAUGCUCUUCAGCCGGAAAUCUCUCCUUGGUCAGCUAGCAUCCUCUCUAGAUGACUCUAAGCUACGCGAUGCCCAAUCUAGGUCAGAAAGACUGGGUGCUAAAAUCAGAGAGGAGGUUUCAUUUCUCACAAGCCAGACAGUUGAGAGCGAGGCUAGCGAGAACAACGUUUUCCGCGCGCUGGUUGGGGGUGCUUACUCUUGGGAGACACAACAGAGGAAGCUUCGACAAAGAGCUAAUCUCUUGGAGGCCAUUUCAUCCUCUGAUCACGAGACACCCUUUAGGCAAGCACGAAAAUGUGGUGUUUCAACCGUAUUUCAGGACGAGCCCGCAUACUUGUCGUGGGAGCAGUCGACAGAAUCCACAAGCUUGGUACUUGUUGGUAAGCUGGGUUCAGGUAAAUCAGUGACCAUGGCCAGCAUCGUCGAUGAUUUAUACCUAUCGAGCCAUGACCGUGCGGUUUCUUUCUUCUUUUGCAGGCACGAUAACGCGGAAGCACUCACUGCCAGGGCUGUCAUCGGGUCACUGGGCCGCCAGCUGAUCAACAAAUAUUUCAAAGACUCCCUGCUAGAUAAUGUCGUGGACGGCGUGACUACCAUGUUUAGCUUGGGAGAUGUCCUGAGACUCGUGAAAGAUACCGUGCCACGCGACGCACGGGUUCAUUUUGUCCUCGAUGGGGUGGAUGAGUGUCAAGAAUACGACUCCAUUGAGAUUAUAAAAGCACUUGGAGAAAUGCAGAAAUUCAUGCAUCUGUCCGUCUGUGUAUCUAUCAGAAGCGGCACGCAAGACCACCAAUCCCUUUUCAGGCCAUUGUUGAAUUCUCAAACGAUGAGUAUGCCUGAAAAGAACCCCGACAUCGGCAAGUUCAUCGAAAAGGAGCUAGAAAGAAGGAUAGAUGCCAAGCAACUCGUUCUUGGCCAAGAGGGCCUGGUAGUUGAAAUCCGAGAUGCUCUGAUAAAAGGGGCAAAUGGAAUGUUCUUAUGGGUUGCCCUACAGAUAGACUCGCUCUGUGACGAGAAAUCCGAUGCAGCAAUACGCAGCGCCCUCCAAGACUUGCCACCUGACCUCUUCAGCACGUUUGAUAGAAUUCUACAGAGGUCCAGGAAACUUGCCCAUACGUACCAAACACGAAUUCUCAAAACUAUUGUCGCCGCCCAUCGCCCGUUAACAGUUGACGAAAUUCGAGAGGUCAUCAGCGUGGAGCCAGGCAAUACUGACUGGAGCCCGGAUAUGCUCGUGAAUGACAUUCACGGCGUUCUGGCCUGCUGUGGAAGUUUAGUGACUGUUGAUGAGGAGAAUCUAUCUGUUUAUCUGAUUCACCAGAGCGUGAUGCAAUUCCUCCUCGAGAAACCAACCGCCACCAAUGGUAGUCCGAAUCCAGAGUCGCAUUUCACCAUGGAAGAAGCCCAGAAGCUACUAGGCGAGAGUGUGAUUACGUACCUGAACUGCUCCCUUUUUGAAAGGCAGAUUUCGAAAGACAUCGCUCACGAGGUUCGAGUUGGUGAGCUUCCUUCUCGUGUCAUGCAAGAGGCUCUGGCGCCUGCCGGGGUGGUUGGCCAGUUGGCAAUCCGGUGGUUGAAGUCGGAGUCCAACCUCGAGUUUGAUGCAAAACAGACAUUGACGGAAUAA